ACCGCACUGGGCGCGGGCGGCGGGGCCGGCCUCAGCUUGUAGGCCUGCCAGGAUGGAGGGGCAUGCUGAAAUGGAGAUGCUGAGGACACUGAAGGGGCCCUCCACAGGGGAGGUCAGCGUGCACCUGGUGGCCAGAGACAGCCCAGGUGCUGGCCCUCAUCAGCCUGCUACUGCCUUCAUCAUCCCAGCCAGCUCGGCCUCUCUUGGCCUGCCCAGCAGUGCCCUGGAGGUGCCCUGCUUUCCGCGGGAGCCGAUCCACGUGGGCGCCCCGGAGCGAGGGGCGGGCAGCGCCCCGGUCACGGCCACGGUCCUGCCGCAGCUGAGCGCGGUGCCGGCGGCCAGCUCGAGCGGCGGCACCGUGCGCCUCCUGGAGUGGACCGAGGCCGCGGCCCCGCCUGCCGGGAGCGGCCUGCGGUUCCGGAUAAGCGAGUUCGCGCCGCUGAGCAUGGUGGGAGCGGAGCAUCCCCCGAGCCCGGAGCUGCGGAGGGAAGGUGUGGCCGAGUAUGAAGAUGGCGAGGCCCCGGCGGGAGCGGGCGAUGCGGGCCCCCAGCAGCCGGCCGACCUCCCACAAGACCCUCCGGAAGAUUCCCCUCAGGACCCGCCAGAGGAUGGUGGCACCUGUCACUGCCAGGCCUGCGGGCCUCAGCAAGGUGCCGGUCCAGAUCCCGGUUCCUCCAGCGACGCCUGCCCCCAGCUGUUUCAGGAGCGGUCGGUCAUAGUGGAGAACUCCUCAGGCCUGAGCUCCUCUUGUGCCAGCGCUUCUGAGCUCCUCAAACCCAUGAAGAAGAGGAAGCGCAGAGAAUACCAGAGCCCAUCAGAGGAGGAGUCAGAGCCAGAGGCCAUGGAGAAGCAAGAAGAAGCAAAGGAUCCAGAGGGUCAACCCACUGCUAGCACCCCAGAAAGUGAGGACUGGAGCAGCAGUCAGCCUGCGUCGGGUGAGAAGAAGGAAGGCUGGUCGUGGGAGUCUUACCUCGAAGAACAGAAGGCCGUCACUGCCCCUGUCAGCCUCUUCCAGGACUACCAGGCGGUCACUCAUAAUAAGAAUGGCUUCAGACUGGGCAUGAAAUUGGAAGGCAUCGACCCCCAACACCCGUCCAUGUACUUCAUCCUCACCGUGGCCGAGGUGUGUGGCUACCGCCUUCGUCUGCACUUUGAUGGGUAUUCCGAAUGCCAUGACUUCUGGAUCAAUGCCAACUCCCCUGACAUUCACCCCGCUGGCUGGUUCGAGAAGACUGGGCACAAACUGCAGCCCCCCAAAGGUUACAAGGAGGAGGAGUUCAGCUGGAGCCAGUACCUGCGCAGCACCAGAGCUCAGGCUGCCCCCAAGCACCUGUUUGUGAGCCAGAGCCACAGUCCCCCACCCCUGGGCUUCCAGGUGGGCAUGAAGCUGGAGGCAGUUGACCGCAUGAACCCGUCCCUUGUCUGCGUGGCCAGCGUGACCGACGUGGUGGACAGCCGCUUCCUGGUGCACUUUGACAACUGGGACGAUACCUACGACUACUGGUGUGAUCCCAGUAGCCCCUACAUCCACCCCGUGGGCUGGUGCCAGAAACAAGGAAAGCCCCUCACCCCUCCACAAGACUAUCCAGACCCUGAUAGCUUCUCUUGGGAGAAGUAUCUAGAAGAAACCGGGGCCUCUGCUGUGCCUGCCUGGGCCUUCAAGGUGCGACCCCCACACAACUUCCUGGUCAACAUGAAGCUGGAGGCUGUGGACUGCAGGAAUCCUGCUCUGAUUCGUGUGUCCAGCGUGGAGGACGUGGAGGACCAUCGGAUAAAGCUCCACUUUGAUGGCUGGAGUCAUGCCUAUGACUUCUGGAUCGACGCCGACCACCCGGACAUCCACCCUGCGGGCUGGUGCUCCAAGACAGGCCAUCCCCUGCAGCCUCCUCUCCGCCCCAGAGAGCCCAGCUCCACCUCCCCGGGGGGCUGUCCCCCUCUUAGCUACCGGAGCCUGCCACACACGCGGACCUCCAAGUACAGUUUUCACCACCGGAAGUGCCCCACUCCUGGUUGUGAUGGCUCUGGCCACGUCACGGGCAAGUUCACAGCUCACCAUUGCCUCUCGGGCUGCCCGCUGGCUGAGAGGAACCAGAGCCGGCUGAAGGCGGAGCUGUCCGACACGGAGGCCUCGGCCCGUAAGAGGAACCUCUCGGGCUUCUCCCUAAGGAAGAAGCCUCGCCAUCACGGCCGAAUCGGACGUCCUCCGAAGUAUCGGAAGAUCCCGCAGGAAGAUUUCCCGACCCUAAGUAGCGAUGUCAUGCGCCAGUCUCUCUUCAUGUCGGCUCUGUCCGCCCACCCCGACCGGUCGCUCUCAGUGUGCUGGGAGCAACACUGCAAGCUCCUGCCCGGUGUGGCAGGCAUCUCGGCCUCGACCGUUGCCAAGUGGACCAUCGAUGAGGUCUUCGGCUUCGUUCAGACCCUGACAGGUUGUGAGGACCAAGCCAGGCUCUUCAAAGAUGAGAUGAUUGACGGCGAGGCCUUCCUUUUGCUGACACAGGCGGACAUUGUGAAGAUCAUGAGCGUCAAGCUGGGCCCCGCCUUGAAGAUCUAUAACUCCAUUCUCAUGUUCAAAAACGCCGAUGACACCUUAAAGUGAUGGGCUCCGGGUGGGCCCUCCUCCGGCCUGAGCUGGGCCUUCCUUUGCAGCUGAGACUGCCUUUCCGACCUGAGUUCCUCAUAGCCCACCUGUGCCCCAUCUCUCUCUCGCCCACCGGGGGUGGUCCUCCUCUCUGGAGCCGCUUCUUGAAGGCACAAGGGAGCAGAUGAGCCCUGGGGAGGACGGAGUCCAAGCCUCCGCGUCCUGGAGCUCAUCUGCCAGCAGGCGUCCGGUGAGGGUGUGAUGGGCCGGAGUAGGUUGGAGGUGCCCUGCCUGUGGCAGCCACCGCCUCCAAGAGACUUGUCUCAUCUCCAAGCGACUCUUAGCGUUAGAACAGGAGUCCUCCAAACACGAGCCCUUUUGUCUCCGGCAUCUCUCCACGCUCCUUCCCUCGGCUCCUCUCUCUGACCCUGCCACCAACGUGGUUACUUGUCAAGACUCCUCACCCCUUUUUCUCUGCUGGUUUUGCCACCCCCAUUCUGCUGCCUGGUUCCCUGGGCAGUUCCCCAGCCAGUUCCCCUGGCUCUUUCCCUUUGGGGGGGUCAGCCCCAGAGACCUGUUUUAACAGCCUGCUGGGGGUCUUGAACUGCCUCUUUUCCUUUGGCUCAGAAGUAGGGGCUUCUGGGCCAAGGUGCCUUUUGCUCGUGCCCAGGUUUACGCUACUUUUAGUUCACGUGCCAAGUCCUGUUUCUAAAGCAGAGUGAGGAGGUAGUGAGAGCCCGUGUCGGGUGUGGGGAGGAGGCAGCCUGGCCAGGAGGGUACCUGAGAACAGCCCAAGGGCAUGUCUGACAAUCUCGGGUCAUUGGUCACAGAGGCAGGCAGGGUGGUCCCCGAGUUGGGCGUCGUAUCCUUCUCCACAGCCGUGGGAUUCAGCCAGAGUGCUGCCCAUGGGGUGAGGUUACUGUGCCUGCCAGACCCCCAGCCAUGGGCGUGCGGCACCCCGCUUAGCACACACCCUGUGACAAUGCUUUCGGCCUGCCCCUUAAAUGUCUUGCUCUUGAGGAGCCUCACAAAGGCCGCUCACAGUUGGACUUUGGGAAGGUGAAUUCUAUCUUUGAAUUCUCCACAUCCCUCAAGCCCUUCUUACCAUUCUCCAUUGCACUGCCGGCUGGGUACCUGUGAAGGCUUGGGGCUUCAUCAUUCUUUACAAAUUGGGGCCCAGCCUCAACUGAACCACUGCCAAACCUGCCUCCCAGCCUGGGGGUGAAGGGCAGAACCCCCGUGGGAUCUGAUCCCAUUUGAGGUGAGGAGCAACUGUCAGAAUUCUAUGGCCCCAGGUGCUGAAAUGGGUCUGCAGGGCAUGGGACCGGGAAUCCCUCCCUAGACUCCUCUCCAUCAUGUGAGUGUGUGUGAGUGUGUGUGUGUGACAAGUGUUUGACAGAGUGCAGAUGUAAGGCUAUUUUGGGAUAUUGUCAAGGGCUAUUAUUAAAAUAAGAAACUUUAUUUUUCCCUUAGAAGUGGGGACCCCGAAACUGUCUAUUUCCUGCUACUGCCCAGAUGGGAGCCCUCUCUCACAUAUGCCCGGACAGCUUUCUAGGAACCUUCCUGGGGGAAGCUGGACAGGCCAUGGCUCUGGCCCUGGGCUGGUUUACAGAGGUUGCACUGGUGCCCCCUUGACAAGACUAAGGAGGAACAAGUCCGAACCUCUGCUCAGUUGCUUGGGGAGUGGCCAAACUUCCCAGCCCCUUGGCCUCAUCUGCUUCUGCACAAAGCAAGGAAGGAAGCUCACGGGCUGGUGUGAGGAGACAGCAAGUACUCAGAGCGGGGCCGGGGACAUUGAGGAUUCUAAGGGGGAGGGUUGGGCGGCUUUGCCACGUGGGUCUGCUGGCCAUGCUCCUAAUGCUUGAAGGCACGAUGGUCCAAGGGCUUUGGAAAAAAGGCCUUGAGGCCUAAGCACUUUCUGCACCCAUGUCAAACUCUGAAAGAAACCAAAUUAUAAAAAAGGGAAAGAAAUCUGCUUUCUGCCCACCCUUUGUGCCCCUGCCCUGUCCCCAGAUGAGUUCAUUGCACCUUGACCUGGGAGUGCGUGAGGGGAGGGAGUUGGCAGUGGUGCCCGCUGCCCUGUGCCAGCAGCAGGCGCCACUUACACUUUGGCCCCGGUGGCCUCACCCAGCCCUUGCCUAGCCCUGGCUUAGGGCAGUGAGGACCUUCUUUUUAAUUUCUGAAGCAGAGAGACUGAUCUGAGUUCAAUAAUGAAGGCUUUUGCACUUUCAUUCACAUGCACUUUUAGUGGGGUUACCUUUUUGUACUUGCCUCUGUGAGUGUGUGUGUGUGUGUGUGUCUGUGCGUAUGUGCCAGUGUGUGUGUUAAGAGAAUCCUCUGGUUUAAACUAAAGUCACUUUUGAGAGAGAAAAAGUUCUAAACAAAAUGUGGUGUAUUUUGUCAGUGUAUUGAAACGACAUAAAUAAACUUGAAUAACUGGAUCAUAUAAAGCCAGAGUUUGUUUCUCUUUUCACAGUAAAGUCUCCAGAAAACACAAGAUGAGAAUCAAUCAUGCUAUUACUGAAGAGAAAUGCCUCUUUGCAGUUGGGGAU